GGGGGCGGGCCCGAGAGAGGAGGCGGGAUCUGCGGGUCGGGGAGAGGUGGCAGAGACCAGGACCGCUUACUUUACCUUCUCCUUCUGUUUUCGCUGCCUGCCUGCUGAGGCAACAUGGGGCCCCCGCCACGCACUCUGGAGCUCUUCUAUGAUGUGCUGUCCCCAUACUCCUGGCUGGGCUUCGAGGUCCUGUGCAGGUAUCAGAACAUCUGGAAUAUCAAGCUGCAGUUGCGGCCCACCUAUAUUGCAGGGAUCAUGACAGACAGCGGAAACAAGCCGCCAGUUGUGGUUCCUCGAAAAGCCCAGUACAUGAUAAACGACCUUGGACGCCUGAAACAGCAUUUCCAGGUCCCGCUCAGAUUCCCCAAGGAUUUCAACUCUGUGGUUUUCAAAAAAGGAAGUUUGUCUGCCAUGCAGUUCCUCACUGCUGUGAACAUGGAACACCCAGAGAGCCUGGAAAAGGUGUCCAGGGAGCUAUGGAUGCGCAUCUGGUCACGGGAUGAAGAUAUUGUGGAGUCCCAGAGCAUCCUGGCUGCAGCGCAGAAGGCUGGUUUGUCUGCAGAGAAAGCCCAAAGUCUUCUGGAGAAGAUCUCCACAGCACAAGUGAAGAACCAGCUCAAGGAGACCACUGAGGCAGCCUGCAGAUAUGGGGCUUUUGGGUUGCCCAUCACUGUGGCCCACGUGGAUGACCAGACACACAUGUUAUUUGGCUCUGACCGCAUGGAACUGCUGGCGCACCUGCUAGGAGAGAAGUGGAUGGGCCCUGUGCCUCCCACCCUCAAUGCCAAACUUUAAGACUGACUGGAAGAAGCAAGCUGUUGGUAGAAACAAGCAAGCCAUCUGUUCCAGGCCCCCAAAUUUGUCAGUUUGAUAGGGGGUGUCCCCUGCGGCCCUGGGGAUAUCUCUUUCCUGCCUG